CUCGACCCUGGAGGACGAAGGAAAGUUAGUGAAGGUUGACCACGCUCUAGAAGUAGUGCCGCUUCAGGUUUGGGAGAACCGUUUUCAACUACUCCUUCAUCCUAUACUAAGUACUGAGGAAAACUAAGCGGAGAAAGGACAUGUAAGGAGCGUCCGGGGGGGAAGGCAAACACUGGCCUGAGCCUGGUCCUUGGAAAUCAACUGACAACAGGAAGGAAGUUUAUUAACCCCUCCGCUCCCCCUCCUUUUUCCCGGGGUGAGAAUCGGCUCCUCCUCCUCCUCCUCCCAGUCUUGCGACCCCGGUGUAAAAUGCAACCAGCCGCCUGCUUUCCGCACCCCGCGCGUGGCUCCCAGCAGAGGAAGAGGCAGGAGCGGAGGCUGCCGCCCAAAGCCGAGUGGAACGAGUCCAUCCGACCGGCGUGAACAUCCCAGGCGAGACAGCCUGCACCCCGCGACAUACGCUCCGGCGGGGCACCUUACGCGAACCGUUUCUCAGCCGCUCUGCAGAAUUGGUACUCGGCACAGCAACUCCUAGCCUGAUCCCCUAGCCCCACUGUGCCCCCAACCCCGGUGCUUAGGGCAGGUGGUGCAAACGCCCCCGCCCUCGGGCGCCUCCUGCCGGGGAGAAGGAAGGCGGCCGGCGCUGAGCAGUCGGGCGCGGGGCGGGGAGAGAACUCCGGGGCCGGGAAGAAGCCGGGAGCUUCCCUGAUGGUGCCGCCGCCUCCGAGCCGGGGAGGAGCGGCGAAGGGGCAGCUAGGCAAGAGCCUGGGUCCGCUGCUGCUGCUCCUAGCUCUAGGACACACGUGGAGUUACCGAGAGGAGUCCGAGGACGGCGACAGAGAAAUCUGCUCGGAGAAUAAAAUCGCCACGACCAGAUACCCAUGUCUGAAGCCUUCAGGCGAGCUCACCUCGUGCUUCAGGAAGAAGUGCUGCAAAGGGUAUAAAUUUGUCCUUGGACAGUGCAUCCCAGAAGACUAUGAUGUGUGUGCUGAGGCUCCCUGUGAACAGCAGUGCACAGAUAACUUUGGCCGCGUGUUGUGUACGUGUUACCCAGGAUACCGCUAUGACCGGGAGAGACACCGGAAGCGGGAGAAGCCCUACUGCCUGGACAUUGACGAGUGUGCCACUAGCAAUGAGACUCUGUGUGCACACAUCUGCAUCAACACCUUGGGCAGCUACCGCUGUGAGUGCCGGGAGGGCUACAUCCGGGAGGAUGACGGGAGGACGUGCACCAAGGGGGACAAGUACCCCAAUGACACUGCCUCCCAAACAGCCCGGAACCCAUCUCCUCUCUCAGGGCGGGACGAGAAGGCGGAGAAUGCGGUGAGAGCCAGCACCUGCUGUGCCACCUGUAAGGAGCUGCACCAGAUGAAGCAGACGGUGUUGCAGCUGAAGCAGAAGAUCGCCCUGCUCCCCAACAGCGCUGCCAGCCUAGGCAAGUACAUCACUGGUGACAAGGUGCUGGCCUCAAACGCCUACCUUCCAGGACCUCCUGGCCUGCCUGGUGGCCAGGGCCCUCCUGGCUCACCAGGACCAAAGGGGAGUCCAGGCUUCCCAGGUAUCCCGGGACCCCCCGGGCAGCCCGGCCCCCGGGGCUCAAUGGGACCCAUGGGACCGUCUCCUGAUCUGUCCCACAUUAAGCAAGGCCGGAGGGGCCCUGUGGGCCCACCAGGUGCCCCAGGAAGAGACGGUUCUAAGGGGGAAAGAGGAGCACCUGGCCCCAGAGGGUCUCCAGGACCCCCCGGCUCUUUUGACUUCCUCCUGCUCAUGCUCGCGGACAUCCGCAACGACAUCACCGAGCUGCAGGAAAAGGUGUUCGGGCACCGGACUCACUCUUCCACAGAGGAGUUCCCUUUACCUCAGGAAUUUUCCAGCUACCCAGAGACCUCAGACUUGGGCUCUGGAGACGACGACCCAAAAAGAACGGAGAGGAGGGACUUGGGAGCCUCCAGAGACUUUUAUCCUUAGCACAGCCUUGACAUCUUCUCACCCAAGAAACGGAAGAGUGUUUCCUUCUGCAGUUAAGUCACCCGAAGAGCAAAACAAAACAAAACACGCCUGGUGGCCCAGAAGAGAUCAAUUUUUAUUUUCUUCUUUCUUUUCCUGCCUUCUCCCUGCUUCUUUUCUUCCAAAUACUAUUUUCAGAGUCCCCCGCUAGACAUGCUAAAGACAUGAGGGAGUAAAUGGUUGACUUAUACGCUUC